UACAUGAAGCACUUUUUACGAGGACAAGUAAUGCAAAAGAAAAAGAGAAAAACCGUUAUCAAUUUCCAAAACGGUGAGUAUCAAGGAAUGCCUCAUUUGCUACAUUUAAUUAAAUUUUUGUGCUUUUUUUCAACUACUUCCAGGGAUGACUGUAGGACUCUAUAUAAGGGAGUCCCAGAUGCGGGACUUCCUUAUAUAGACUCUCCAUCAUCGAUCCAGGAUGAAGGGGAUUGCUGAAUAAAUCAUCAAUAUGAAGGACAAUAGCCGUUGAUCUGAUAACUUUUCCAGAUGGAUGCACUCAAGGAAGGAUGGUUCAGUGAGAUUAAUGACCUUUGGCCCGGUAUAGCGGUUUCCCUGGAAGUAACCAAAGUCCUGCACCGCGAAAAAUCACAGUUUCAGGAUAUUCUGGUGAUCGAUACAAAAGCACAUGGGAAGGCUCUAGUCCUCGAUGGAAUAAUUCAGUGCACCGAGCAUGAUGAAUUUUCUUAUCAAGAGAUGAUAUCAUUUCUCCCACUUUGCAGUCAUCCAAAUCCGAAAAAUGUGUUGAUUGUCGGGGGAGGUGAUGGUGGUGUGGCUAGGGAAGUAGUGAAACACCCCGACGUGGAAAAAGUUAUUCAAGUAGAAAUUGACCCCGCAGUUAUGGAGGUAGCCAGGACCCACCUUCCCUUUAUGGCAGCUAGCCUAGACGAUCCCAAACUCACUGUCAACAUAGGCGAUGGAUUUGAAUUCAUGAAAAAACAUCGUGGAGAGUUCGAUGUAAUCAUAACCGACAGCAGUGAUCCAGUCGGCCCCGCUGAAUGCCUCUUCCAAGAAUCUUAUUUCGCUCUGAUGAAAGCUGCAUUAAAACCCAACGGAAUAAUCUGCAGUCAAGCCGGUACAGCAUGGGCCAAUUUGGACCACGUAACCAAAACCUUGAAUCACUGUCGGACAGUUUAUCCAGUAACCGCAUAUGGAAUAGCAGCAGUCCCUACCUAUCCCACUGGACAAAUUGGAUUUGUCCUUGGAAGUCUCGAUCCCACAACUAAUUUUAGAGAACCGAUAAAAAUCUUUACGGAAGAGGAGCUUGAUAAGAUGAAGAUGAAAUAUUAUAACGACAAAAUUCAUCGUGGAGCCUUCACCCUCCCCAGGUUCGUUGAAAAAGCCCUCACAUCAUCCCACGAAAUUCCACAGGAGUCGAGGAAAGAACUAUGAAUAGCUUCAAAUGAGUGAGAGAAAAAUAAAAUCUCGGAUAAAUAUUAGGCACUGAAAAAAAAUUAUAUAGAAAGAUAUUACAUGUUAAGAAUUUUUAUUUUUUUUCUGAUUCUUAAAAAUAUUUCUCUGGACAUUAUAAUCAUCAUUAAUCCACAUAAUACCACAAAGCAGUAGAACACUUGUAAUGAAAAUCAUGAGCCAGAAAUAACACUCCAAAGUAUUCAAUAUAAAUUUAUAAUAAUGUUCACAAUUAAUUUCUCAAUUUUUUUAUUUUAAUAAGGCUUCAUUGGCUCGUCUCAGUUACAAUGUAAAAACGUUAAAAAUUAUUUUCUUCCUCAGAAUAAAAUGCCUACAAAAUCAAUAUUAUUGAUUAAAAUUAAUGAAAACAAUAUCUGGAUAAUUAUAAUUGUUGUAAAUAAAAUAAAAUUCCUCUAAAUUAA